AUGUCGCUGUACAUGCUUGCCAUCUCCAUGCUUGGCCUGGCAGGCCCAGCAUUGGCAGCCAGUACAGACGCAUGGAAAUCCAGAUCCAUCUACCAGACCAUGACAGAUAGAUUCGCCAGAACAGACGGGUCUACAACACACGCCUGCGACCUUAAAGCAGGCUUGUACUGUGGCGGAACCUGGAGAGGAACAAUCAACCAGCUCGACUACAUCCAAGGAAUGGGCUUCGACGCUGUCAUGGUAUCCCCCAUCAUCGAAAAUAUCGAAGGCCAUGUUGAAUACGGUGAAGCGUACCACGGCUACUGGCCGUUGGAUCUGUAUUCGCUGAAUUCGCACUUCGGGACGCAUCAGGACCUGCUUGAUCUCAGUAACGCUCUUCAUGACCGUGGAAUGUACUUUAUGAUGGAUACGGUGGUGAACAAUAUGGCUUUUAUUACGAAUGGGAGUGACCCGGCGACCAGCGUUGAUUAUUCGGUGUUUACUCCGUUCAACAGCUCGAGUUAUUUUCACCCAUACUGCAAAAUCGACGAUUAUAAUAUCUACUCCCUCGCUCAGCGAUGCUGGACAGGUGAUGACGUUGUCCCACUGCCGGAUCUGAAGACAGAAAAUACCGAGGUUCAAGACAUGCUAAAGACUUGGGUCAAAGACAUCAUGUCGACCUAUUCAAUCGACGGGAUACGACUCGAUGCAGCCAAGCAUGUGACGCCAGAAUUCUUGCCUGUAUUCUAUGAAGCCGUCGAUUCCUUCAUGACCGGAGAGGUGCUCGACGGUUCUAUCGAAAAUAUCUGCAACUACCAAAGCAAGUACAUCGAAAGCGUUCCAAACUAUCCCGUCUACUACGCCAUGCUGAAGGCUUUCACUCUGGGCAACACCAGCGCCUUGGUCAAUGAAAUCGAGGACAUGAAGAAUGCCUGUCCUGACGUGACAGCCCUGGCUUCAUUCUCCGAGAACCACGACGUCCGUAGAUUCGGCAACAUGACAGACGACAUGGCGCUCGCCAAAAACGUCAUGACAUUCACCAUCCUCUUCGACGGCGUCCCCAUGAUCUACCAAGGCCAAGAACAACACUUCUCCGGCUCCGACACCCCCUACAACCGCGAAGCCGUCUGGCUAUCCGGCUACGACACCAACGCCCCCUUGUACCAACUAACCGCCAAACUCAACAAGAUUCGCAAACACGCCAUCCACAUCGAUAGCAAAUACAUUACCACCCAGUCUUACCCCAUCUACCGCGGCGGCAGCGAAAUCGCCAUCCGAAAGGGCGUCGAAGGCCGCCAGGUCAUCACCCUCCUUUCCACACAGGGCGUAGCUAGCACCCAGUACAACCUCACCAUGCCCGUAACCUACAACCCAGGCACCGUGGCCAUGGACGUGCUCAACUGCGUCAACUACACCGUCACCGAUGCCGGCGAGCUCACCGUCAGCAUGGACAAGGGUGAGCCUCGCGUUCUGUUCCCGGCUGAUUUGAUGGCUGGGAGUGGGCUGUGUGGCUUCGAGGCGAAGAAUGUCUCCUACGUCUCUUUAGUGACGGGUAGUGCUUCGUCUGCGAGUCGGGCUUCGCUUGCCGUCGUGGUUUACUCGGCGCUGAUAUCGUCGGUUGUUUCUGGGUUGAUUGUGUGGAUGGUAUGA